AUGGACCGCGAGACGGAUCGCAAAACAGACCAAAAAACGGACUGCGGAACGGACCGCGGAACAGACCAAAUAACGGACCGCGGAACGGACCGCGGAACGGACCACAGAACAGACCGCGAAACAAACCGCGAAACAAACCGCGAAACAGGACAGACCGGCAGGGAAGAUGCUGGCAAUGCAAACGAGGGCGCCGAGCCAAGUUACCAAUUCGCAACUGCGACAGAGUGUGACCAAAGGGAAAAAUGCACCUCCCCACCAGAAGAGAGCACAUCAUAUAGGUCUCUGUACAAACACAACUACAAAUCGCACGUAUACACGGAUGAUUUUGUUUGCCUUCGAUUAAAAGGUCGUGGAGGUGAGGUGCACGCCGAUGGGAGCAGUGAACCGCAGCAUUGUGUAGACCCGUUAAAGGGGAAUUUCCCAAUGGGUGGAUACACACAUGAUGACACACCUGUCGGAGAGCCAAGUAGGAAAAAAAGUGUCAACUUUGAGGAGGACGCUACCACAGGGAGGAACAACCUGGGCGGGGUUGCAGUCGAUAGGAUUGACCAAGCAAGCCUUCUAGGGGAAGAUGAUCAAUACGUGCAGGGAGGUGACAGAAGGGAGGACCGCCAACCGGACGAAGCGACAUACUCCCAAGCGGGGGCCCAACAUAGUUAUCACGAUAAUGAGGAGAAGAGGGAGAACUCGGACCUCUGCACGCACUCCGACGAUAAUUACACCCUUCCCGGGAGUUACAGAGGUGACUGUCACGUGAAGGAGGGGAAGCAGCAGGGGGAGAUGCAGCAGGUGGAGAAGAAGGAGCAGCCGCACGAGAGUAACCACUCCAGUGAAGACAUGCCAAGCUGGGAAGCACACAAAAUGAAGGAAAGGGAUCAGCCCACAGAAAAACAAAAUAAAAUUAAAAUUAUAGAAUUAUUUAAGAUGAAGUUGGAGAAUAAGGAGAUGAACAGGAGUAGUCACCACUUCUGUGAUGAUCCGAAGAUAAUAAACGAGCUUAAGCCUAGUGAGAGUCAGAGUCAUGUGGGAGAGGAGGACGAGGGGGUCAGUAACUCCGCUAUCCACCACAGCAGUAGUAACAGCGGAAGGGGUAGCCAACACGGCAACAGUAGCAACGAUAGGGAGAGAGCAAACAGUAAAGCGAAGGGAGCAAAGAAUGCAUUAAAGGAAGGCAGUCUGUUGAGACUGUUCAGAUGUGAAUACUUUGACACACAUCUGCACAUUAGGUAUCUGUACGACAGAAGAGAAGUAGGCGUACAUGAGUACCUAGUGAAUUCCCUCUACACUCAAAGGAAGUACGAAGACAUAUUAUUUUACCUCCCACAGCUGAGUCAGAUUUCCCUCGUCCGUUAUGAGUCUUCUUCCCUUUAUCGUUUCCUUCUGUAUAAAGCUAGCAAGGCAAUGCAUUUCGCUUUGAAGCUAAGUUGGAUCUACCACUCCAUAGUGGAGGAUAACUGUUCCAAAUAUAAAGACUUGGCUCACAAAAUGACACAAGAAAUAGAGAUGGCUGUUGUGAAUUGCAAGCCAUUUAACAGUAAAUGCACCUCGGGGAAUGAGAACAAACAGUCCUACUUGCUGAACCUAGCCCAUCCUCUUCUUUUCAAAAGGAAAUAUAUUAUCAAAAGGAUUAAAGCUAAUGAGCGGUUCCAGCAGACGAAGCUGUUUAGUAAUUGCCUGAACAGGUCAUGCAACUCGUACGUGUUGAAGGGGGGGGAGCCGGUGGGGCAGAGCGAGACGCAGAGCGAUUCCCAAAGCGCUGCUCUAAAUGCCGCUCCAAGUGCCGCCCCAAACGCCCCCCCAAGCGCCGCUCAAAAUGCCGCUCUAAAUGCCGCCCCAAGCGCCUCUCCCAUGAAGCGCCGCAAAAGGGAAGCGACGAGCACGGCCCCGCCCCCCAAGCUGCCCCAGUGCUACAUCAUCAACUCGGGAGCCCUCUCGUUAGCCAGGGCUAGAGUGAAGUUACCCAGUACUUACGCCAAGCUAGGCAACCCCCUCAGUGCAUCCAAGUUCUUCCUCCCCGAAUUUAACUGCACCUUUGAUAUGAUUGAAGAGUUACAGCAAUUUUUCAUGAAGCAAAGGAGAUGCGAUUACUUUAGUCUCCUAAAUAAUUUCAUAAAUCUAGCCAUCUCCGUUUCAAACCUCCUCUCCUCAGAACCAGACAUAGAAAUACGAAAUGAACUACUCAACCGAUUUAUAUACUCCUUAAACAGCUGGAUGCUCAUGAGGAGAUGUAUCGUUGCUGCAUGCACAAAUAUGUUUUCCAUGACAGGGUUGUGCAUUCCGUUGGAGUGUCUGUCGUCCUCUCCUCACUCCGAUCAUAGAACGGAACAGACAGCGAGUAGCAGUGGCUUGCAAAUUCUACACUUCAAUUACGAUGAAUGCAAAAUAUUUUUCUCCAAGAAGAGAGCUCCUUACCUGCUCAUGUUCGAAGUAGCCGACUUGGACGAGGAUAUUAGUCACAUUCCGGAUAGCCUGUUUUACCCCACCAAGGGGGGGAAGCAGCCCGACAAGGAGGGCCCCCACGCGGGGGGCAACGGAGCAGUCGAUGGGAUAGCGGAUGGGACAAGCGGUGGAGCGGCGGGUGAGACAGCGGAUGGGGCAACCCGUGACAUGACUGACGGGGUGACCGACGCUGUGACCAACUCCGUGACUGACGCCGCGAACGAUGACGUGUCCCUCGACGAACCGACGCGAAAACCGCAACCUCGCAGGAAGGGCCACCGGAUCGAAAAAAACUUCUGCUCGUCCAAAAACUACGGGCUCUUUAACGAGAACAGCAGCUCCUACGACUACGAGCCGCGAGGGGAGGUGUAUGAUGGGAAGAGGAAGAAGAAGAAGAAAAAAAAAAAAAAAAAGCGAAAGUGGGGAGGACGACGAGGGGGGGGGGGCACACUGGCCACAGUGAUUCAGAAGUCGAACAAGGGAAAGCUGAGAGGGGGAAGGCCGAUCGGGGGAAAGCCGAUAUGGGGAAGGCCAAGCUGGAGAAAAAAAAAAACCACGCGGACCUGGACGCCCUAA